AUGGAGGAGACGGUGCCCUCAGUGGAGUCCUAUGAGGCUGCCAUGGUGCUGAGUGGGGUGGGGGAUGCGCUGGGGUACCGGGCAGGCCGCUGGGAAUACUGCACCUCGGGCCCCCAGAUCCACACCGAGCUGGCCCAGCUGGGAGGGCUGGCAGCCAUCAGCCUGGAGCCCCCCGAGUGGCCCGUCAGCGAUGACACUGUCCUUCACCUUGCCACCGCCGAGGGGCUGGCCACAGGCCUGGAGGGGGAGCCCCUCCUGCAGGAGCUGGCUCGCCGCUACGUGGCCGCCAUGGGGGACAUGGAGGGACGCAAGCCCGGACCCAGCAGCAUCCUAGGCACCUCACAGCUGCGGCCAGGGCAGCCCGAGGGCUAUCGCAUCCCCUUCAACCCCCGUGGCACCGGCUGUGGGGCCGCCAUGCGCAGCCUGGCCAUCGGCCUCAGGUACCCACAUGCCUGGGAGCUGCCGACCCUGAUCCAGGUGAGCAUCGAGAGCGGGCGCAUGACCCACCACCACCCCACUGGGUACCUUGGAGCACUGGCAGUGGCCCUCUUUGGGGCACUGGGAGCUCGGGGUGAACCCCCAGAGCGCUGGGGGGCUGAGCUGCUGCGGGUCCUGCCCCUGGCGUGGGACUACGUGGAGGGCACCGGGGUGGCCGUGGAGGACAAUGCUGCUGCCUGGCCAUUCUUUGGGGAGGCAUGGCACCGGUACCUGGACUCCCGUGGGCUCCUGGAAGGCCGUGGCCCACCACGGGUGCCAUCCCUCCCAUCCCCAGCUGAGCGGGACACGGAGUACCUAGGCUGGGCAUUGGAGGGGUGGGCAGGGCGUAGUGGUCACGACGCACCCAUGGUGGCCUUGGAGGCCCUGCUGGCAGCUGGUGGGAGCUGGGAAGAGCUGUGUGCCAGGGCAGUGCUGCACGGCGGGGACAGCGAUUCCACGGGGACCAUCGCUGCUGGCUGCUGGGGCCUGCGGGAGGGGCUGGCGUCCAUCCCGCCGGGGCUGCACUGCCGCCUCGAGCACGGCGGGCGGCUGCGCGACGCUGCCCACCGGCUGCACGCGCUAGCCUGGGGGGGACGAUGA